GAUAGCCGGAAUUAGAAUGAUGGAGCGGUUAAUCUCCGUUUGUUUACGGUUGAUUUUGGUGUUGGAUUUGGUUUUCAGAGUUUCAGGAAAUAAGGAAGGUGAUGCUUUGAAUGCAUUGAAGAACAAUUUGGCUGAUCCUAAUAACGUUUUGCAAAGUUGGAACUCGACCCUUGUUAAUCCUUGCACAUGGCUUCAUGUUACAUGUAAUUGUGAAAAUAGUGUAACAAGAGUGGAUCUCGGGAAUUCAAAUCUGUCUGGUCAUUUGGUUCCACAGCUUGGACAGCUUCCGGCUUUGCAGAAUUUGGAGCUUUAUGGUAAUAACAUAUCUGGUACAAUCCCAGAGGAUCUUGGAAAUUUGACUAACUUAGUGAGCUUGGAUCUUUACUUCAAUACUUUAACCGGACACAUUCCAUCUACUCUGGGCAAGCUUCAAAAGCUACGAUUCCUGCGUCUCAACAACAACACGUUGACGGGUCAAAUUCCUAUGCCCUUAACUACUAUUAUGUCACUGCAAGUGCUGGAUCUUUCAAACAAUAAGCUAGAAGGAGAUAUUCCAGCUAAUGGUUCCUUUUCACUCUUCACUCCUAACAGUUUUGCUAAUAAUCGAUUGAAUAAUCCUCCACCUGCUCCGCUGCCUCCUAUCACACCUACAGCUCCAAUUCCAUCAGGUAAUAGUGCCACUGGUGCUAUUGCUGGAGGAGUUGCUGCUGGCAUUGCCCUGCUGUUUGCUGCUCCCGCAAUUGUAUUUGCUUGGUGGCUAAAAAAGAAACCACAUGAUCAUUUCUUUGAUGUCCCUGCUGAGGAGGACCUAGAAGUUCAUCUAGGACAACUUAAGAGGUUUUCUUUACCUGAACUACAAGUGGCAACCGAUAAUUUUAGCAAUAAAAAUAUUCUGGGUAGAGGUGGUUUUGGUAAAGUUUAUAAAGGUCGCUUAGCUGAUGGUUCUCUAGUGGCAGUAAAAAGACUGAAGGAGGAGCGCACUCAAGGUGGAGAGUUGCAGUUCCGAACAGAGGUGGAAAUAAUAAGUAUGGCUGUGCAUCGGAAUCUAUUACGUAUUCGUGGCUUUUGCAUGACCGCUACUGAACGGCUGCUAGUCUAUCCCUUUAUGGUUAAUGGUAGCGUUGCAUCCUGUUUAAGAGAACGUCCGGAAUCUCAAGCACCACUUGAUUGGGCUGUAAGGAAACGGAUUGCAUUAGGAGCUGCGAGGGGGCUUGCAUAUUUGCAUGAUCAUUGUGACCCUAAGAUUAUACACCGUGAUGUAAAGGCUGCAAAUAUAUUUUUGGAUGAGGAAUUUGAAGCAGUUGUCGGAGACUUUGGGUUGGCCAAAUUAAUGGACUACAAAGAUACACACGUCACAACUGCUGUUCGUGGCACAAUUGGUUAUAUAGCUCCUGAAUACCUAUCAACCGGAAAGUCAUCAGAGAAAUCUGAUGUUUUUGGCUACGGUGUCAUGCUUCUUGAACUCAUUACAGGACAGAGGGCUUUCGAUCUAGCUGGGCUUGCAAAUGAUGAUGAUGUCAUGUUGCUUGAUUGGGUAAAAGGGCUUCUGAAAGACAGGAGGUUAGAAACGUUGGUUGAUGCUGCUCUUCAGGGUAAUUACAUAGACCAUGAAGUAGAACAGCUAAUCCAGGUAGCUCUUUUAUGCACUCAAGGCACCCCAAUGGAACGACCAAAGAUGUGCGAAGUGGUCAGCAUGUUGGACGGUGAUGGAUUAGCCGAAAGAUGGGAAGAGUGGCAGAAAGAGGAAAUGUUCCGGCAGGAGUUUAACCAUAACCACCAACCGAAUGCUGAUUAGAUCCUUGCAGACUCCACUUCUUACCUCCGACCAGACGAAUUAUCCGGUCCUAGAUGACCCCAUUUCUACAAGAAUACAAAACACUUCCCGCGAGUCAGAGUUGGUGCAUUGUUCACCAUUUUAUGGAUAUAUAGAUAUAGUUGUCUCAGGGUUUUUUAUUAGUUCAUAUUUUUUUUAGGUUAAUUUAAACAGUUUUAAAUGCAUAUAAUUCAUUGCGAGUAAAAUUUGGUAAUAUUUAUUUUGAAAAUGUCAUAUAAACAACCCAUCAAAAUAAGAUAUGUAUGAUAUUUAUUUAUAGUUCAUGUUUACGGUUAGUGAUUGUUGCUCUUAAUAAUAUUAUCUUCAAAAUUCAAACUUCA